UUAUCUUUUUGAAAAAAAAAUAUUAUUAUAAAUAAAAAUUCGUUUUUAAUAUAUUGUUAAUUAUAGAUAAAUUCAUUAUAGAUAUUAACCGCCCUAACUUUUAACGUGAGAGCUUCGUUGCUAAAAUUUACUUCGCAAAUAAUAGUAUAGAUUAAAAAGUAAGAAAAAAGAGAUAAAUUUAAAUUUCAUAUAAUAAAAUAUGUUACAAUGGUUGAAAUUGAGAGAUUGAAAAGAAGAAAAUAUAACAUAAAGUAUUUAGUGUGAAUUUAUUCAACUAGUUAAAACAAAAAAAAAGUUCGACAUUAAAAAAGUAUUAUUUGAUUAUUUAUAUUUAAAAUAGUCGACAUUUGAUUCUGCUUCAUUCCUUAUGCUAGUGAAUCUUUAUUUUGGAGGAUUAGAUUCAUGAUUUAAGGUUAGCUUAACAAUUUAUAGGUUAUAGGACUAAAACAAUAAUUUGAAACUUUAAAAUAUAUAUGUUAAAAAAUAUUGAAAUGUAUAUUUUGUUAACAUUUUUUUAUUAAAUUUAUGUUUUUUGAAAAUUAUGAAUAGUAUUUUUAUAAUUUUAAAGAAAAUAAAAUACAUAUAAAAUAUUUUAUAAACUCUCUUAGCACAUUCAAUAUUAGCCCGUUAGCCAAAAAUCAAAUGACCUAAUACUAUAAAAAAGGCAAAAGGAAUAAUCAAUUCAAACUGUCACCAAAAAUGGAUCCAAACUUUAUCAGUAUCGAAAUAUUACUUUCGCUUACAUGUGUUAACCAUGUCGGAGGAGGAGCUAGAAUACAGGAACACAUCAUUCUGAUUAACCUAAAAGAACUGGCAUUUGUCAAUGCUCCAUAGAGUAAGUAUAUAUUUCUGAAAUCCAUUAUCCAUUAGUGUUAUCAUAAGUAUUAUCCUAUUGUUUAUAUUUUUAUUUUUUGUCAGAUGCUUAAGUAGGUGAGCAAGGAGGUGUUGUUCCACCCAGUGUUUAACCCCCCGGUGUUCAAGCACCUCAAUACCCUCCAGCGUAUGGUUUCAAGCCCCUCAAGCCCCUGAUUUUCAAGCUCCGCAAGCCCUUGGUUUUUCAAGCCCCUCAAGCCCCUGGUUUUCAAUCCUCCCCAAGCCCCUGGUUUUCAACCCCUCAAGCCCCCGAUUUUCAAGUCCCUCAAGCUCUCUGUUUUAAAGCCCCUCAAGCCCCCGGUGUUCGAACCCCUCAAACCCUCACUGUUCCACCCGCCUUUGUUCCCUUUUUUAUUAUUAUUGGUUAUGUUCCUCCGUUUCCUGGUAAUUUUAUGAUCUCAACAAUUCCUCAUCCAUCCAUCUUUGUCUAUUUUUAUUUUCUUUCUUAUAUCCAGAUUUGAUAGUUUCUAAUUUCAUUCUUCCUCCAGUCGUUCAUCCUAAUCGUAUUCCUAGUAAGGAUUUCUUUCAUAAAUGAUAAAAUAAUCUUUUGAACUUUUCUUGUUCUUAGUUUUUCUAACCAUUUGUGCAGAUCACGUUCUUAUACAACGGACCAUCGAAGACAGCUUUCACAUGUUUUCUCUUGCAGAUGCAUAUCGUAAGUUUUGUUCUCAUUUGUUCUAACCAUAACUAUUAUCUUGUUCUUAUUUGUUCGAGCAUAGGAAUCCUAAAUCCUCUUCCGAUAAUUUUAAUUUUUCAGAAUAUGUUCAUUUGCAUGCUCUGAACUAGCGGUUGUACAACACCAUGGCACUCUACAUACUGAAACGUCCAUUGUUUGUCACUCUUCAAGUAAUUAAUGAAGAAGCACCAACCAGAGGUAUAUGUAUAUUAUUAUUAUAAUUUAAAAUAAAAUAAAAUACAUAUAAAAUCUCUUAUAAACUUUCUUAGCCCAUUCAUCUUAGGCCCAUUAGUCCAGGGCCAAAUGACUUAAUACUAUAAAAAGUCAAAAGGAGUAAUCAAUUCAAGCCGUCACCAAAAAUGAAUCCAAAUUUUAUCAGUAUCGAUAUACGUGUUCCUCUCACCUGUGUUCAAUAUACCGGAGUAGGAGCUAGAAUAAAAAGACACGACAUUCUGAUUUACUUAAGAGAACUGACCUUUGUCAAUGCUCCAUAGAAUGCUCAAGUAGGUGAGCAAGGAGGUGUUGUUCCACCCAGUAUUCAACCCCACGGUGUUCAAGCACCUCAAGCCCCUCCCCACGGUUUUCAAACUCCUCAAGCCCCUUAAGCCCCAGGUUUAUAGUUCCCCAAGUCCCUCAAGCCCCCGGCUGCCCCUCAAGCCUCUCAAGCCCCACAAUUCCCUCAAGCCCUCAAGGUCCAGGUGUUCAUGCCCCUCAAGGCCCCGGUGUUCAACCCCCCCCCCCCCCCCCCCCCCCCGGUGUUCCACAUGUUGUUCCAUCUGCCUUUGUUCCCUUGUUCCAAUUGUUGGUUAUGUUCCUCCGUUUUGGUAAUUUUCUAUUCUCAAUAAUUCCUCAUCCAUCCAUCUUUGUUUAAUUUUUUGUCUUUUCUAAUCCCCAAAUCUGCUGGUUCCUAAUUUCAUUCUUCCUCCAAUCGUUCAUCCAAAUCGUAUUCCUAAUAAAGAUUUAUUUCAUAAAUGAUAAAAUAAUUUUUUUUCUUGUUUUUAUUUAUUCUAAUCAUUUCCGCAUAUCACGUUCUUAUACAACGGACCGUCGAAGACAGCUUUCACCAGUUUUCUCUUGCAGAUGCAGAUCAUAAAUCUUGUUCUUAUUUGUUCUAUCCAUAUGUAUUUUCUUGUUCUUAGUUGUUUGAGGAAAGGAAUCUAAAUCCUCUUCCAUUAAUUAUAAUUUUUCAGAAUAUGUUAAUUUGUAUGUUCUGAACCAGUGGUUGUCCAACACCAUGACACUCUAUAUACUGAAACGCCCAGCAUUUGUCAUUUUCAAGUAAUGAAUGAAGGAGCCCCCACUAGUAGUAUACGUUAAAAAAACUUUGAAACGUAUAUUUAUUUAAAUUUUUUUAUUAAUUUUAUGUUUUUUGAAAAUUUUGAAUAGUUUUUUUAUAAUUUUAAAGAAAAUAAAAUACAUAUAAAAUAUUGAGUUUUUUUAUAAACUCUUUUAGCCCAUUCAAUUUUAGGCUAGUUAGCCCAAUGUCAAAUGACCUAAUCCUAUAAAAAAGCAAAAAGUGUGAUCGAUUCAAACCGUCACCAAAAAUGGAAUCAAACUUUAUCAGUAUCGAAAUACAAGUUUCGCUUACCUGUGUUAACCAUGCGGAGGAGGAGCUAAAAUACAGGGACACAACAUUCUUAUUAACCUAAGAGAACUGGGCAUUAUCAAUGCUCCAUAGAUUAAGUUUCUAUUUCUCAAAUUCAUUAUCUAUUAGUGUUAUCAUCAGUAUUAUCCUAGUGUUUAUAUUUUUCUUUUUUGAAAUUUAGAUGCUCAAGUAGGUGUGCAAGGAGGUGUUGUUCCACCCGGGGUUCAACCCCUGUUUCUAUCAGAACUCAGAUCUUGCAGCAUUAUUAUGGCGAGAACUGAGGCUCUGAAUGGUAACUGCGGUUUGAGCGGUGCGGGACAAACGGUUUAACUGCGGUGCGGUUUUAACAUGCAGUUUUAACAGUUAUAAAAACGUAUAGAUAUAUCAUAUAUGUAGAGAUUUUUGUUACUGUUAAUUGCAGUGCAGGGCAGGGCGAUUAGUAACAUUCGAAGCCUGAUUUUUAAUUCAUGCCUUCAUAUUCAGCAUUCCUGUAGUUGUUUCGAUUCCUUUAUUUUUUGGUUUCUUUCGUUUGAACGUGUGUCUGUGUUGAUGAUCAGUUAAUAGUACGAUUAGUAUUGCUAUUGAAUUUUCAUCCAAUCUACUAUAAAGCUUAUUAGGUUUCUUGGGAAAGAAAAAAGUACAAAAAGAUAGGGAAAACUGUUGGACACAGAUACAUUUAAGGGAAAUUUAGAAGAUAGGGCAACUUUCAAGUUUGAAUUAGAAAAUUGGGCAAGCCCAUGUUUUAAUUAGGUUGUUGGGCAACCUAGUAGGAGAGAGAAGAAAAAGUGGACAGUUUUAACCUUUUUUACCAACAAUCUUGAGCUGAAAUUCGUGGGACCAAGCUGUCUUUUGCCCAGAAAAACUUGCCUCUGGAAAACCGACACACGCGCGCCGGAUGUGCGUGUAAGAGACGAUUUUAAUAUUAUAUUAUUUUAAUUUCAGAAGGAAACAUGGUAUUGGGCUUCGUUUUUGGGCUAUUUGACCCCAAAACUUGAAGGCCUUAUAUGUGAUGAUUUCUCGCGGGAAACAACGGCUCCAAGGUGGACGAACGGCCAUUAAUGACUGGUGACUUUGGAAAACAUGUGUUUUACUUUAAUUUAUUAAUUAAAAACAGGACAAAUAUUAAUUAUUUAAUACAAAUACGUACGAACCCUAUCUCUUUGUCUGUCUCCUUGUUGAUGAGUAAAAAAGGCUACCGAACUCGGAAACUUGAGGCAGCAAAUUUUACACACAGAGGCAUGAGCUGCAUCCGAUAUGGUGAGGGAGGAAAGGGUAUGGCGGAUGGUGGGUGUUCUGUAUCUAGCAUCGAAGGUAAAUCAUAUAUAAGCCGUACACCAUUGCAUUUAUGACAUUAUAGUUAUGGCUGAAAUCAUUUAUUACAGAUUUGAGGGUGUUCGGAAUUCAGGUGUUUUUUUGUACGAAACUAUAUUUAUUGCUUCUGAUUAGCACAUUGAAAUUUUAAAUUAAUUUACGUUCUAUUUUUCGUAGGUGUUCACGAUUCAUACAUCGUUGUAAUCUCUGGACGGUGGAUUAUGUACGAUACUGGUGACUGGAAUUUUAAACUUGAUAGCGACCGUAUGGGGAGGGCUGUCUAUGCGAAGUUGAUAACUUCUGUUGAAGCCUUGAAGCGGGCCAUUAUUGAGUCAUACGGUCUAGUUGGAAUGUCUGUUGCCGUUGAGAUGUCAUAUUGGCUUCGUGAACACGGAUCUUGUGCUGUUGGUGAAAGAGAAGCUCCUGUUCAAAUUUCCAACGACAAGGAUUUCGACUUGUUCACUCGGCACGUAAGGUGGACAAGUACAUCAACGUAUUUGUCACAUUCAGAGAGGAAGUAGAUGGAAAAAUCCUUUAUAUGAGGCCAAUGGGGAAUCUUUUGAAGUCCAAAGAAGUUCCCAGCAGCAACGAAAUGCAAGUUGGGAAUACGUCUGCUGAUGUGCACACCCGGAAUGAAGUUAAUGACAGUGAGACUGAUUUGACUGAAGAUGAUAUAAUUCUGAUGGGAGUUGCGGAAAUUGAAGCAGUUUAUGCCUCAAAUGGUUUUGGGAUGCGUGAAGUGGAUGGAACUACAUGUGAAGUUCCGAAUAAAGUGGACACGACUGAAGAUGCUGCGUUAGGGGAAGGCGAAGAUGACGACGAUGAGGAUUAUGAUUACAAUUUAUGGCAUGAUUUUGUUGGACGAAAUUGCGAAUGGGACGAUGAUAAGGAUGAUGAUGGAGGGGUAGGUGGUGGUUGUCGAACGAACGUAACAUAUGGAGGUGUACGUGGUGAGGUGGUGACUAAAACGAGGAGUGGACGAACUAAUCCUUCUUCAAACAAAGGCAGUGGUCCAUUUACAAAUAAACAGCGUACCGCAAACCCACCAUCAACUUUCGAAAAUUACGUAGAUGAGGGUAGAGAUUACAUAGGCUCAUCUAGGAUUUCGAUGGAGAAUAUUGAAGAAGCAAGUAACAAUUUAGGUGUCAAGUCAAGUGAUCAAGUGGCCGACACUGAGAAUCAUUCAGAUCCAAAUCAAGAAGAGGACCCAAGUUUGGACAACAACUCCCAAAUGUUGGUUCUCCAAACUCCUCCAAAGCCGUUCAACAUGCAUACUCGUGAAGUUGACGACAGUGAUGAUUUCGUUGGGCAGGUCCCUCAAUGUGUUUCGUCUAGACCGACAUAUGAUACAUCUGAUGGAGUAUACGAGGAUGACGACUUUGUCGAACCGGUACCUAUGUGUGUUUCGGGUGGUCAGACACAUGAAACUUCGGAUGGAGAAGACGAGGAUGACGACUUUGUCGAACCGGUACCUCAGUGUGUUUCGGGUGGUCAGACACAUGAAACCCUGGUAGGAGAAGACGAGGAUGACGACUUUAUCGGACCGGUACCUCAGUCUCGAAGCCGUGAGGAAGACGCAAGAAGAAGUCGUGAAACGGAUAAGGCUGAUGACGAAUCACUCAUGAAAUACGUUAGAGUCGUUGAGCUAUAUGGAUUUGAGGAUGUAGAAUCUUCGUCUAACAACGAAGCAGUUAACGACUAUACCGUCGAUGAUAUUGACUUCACUUUAGCAGAUGCUGAUAUUACACUGGAAAACUAUUCAGUAGCAAGCAAGAAUUCAAGAUCAGUUUGCACAUUUAUGCCUUAAAGCAGGUGUUCAGAUUCAAGUUCCACAAACAUGUGUUUAACUACGUCGCAGCGAAAUGCAUUGAUAAAAACUACAAAUUUUAUGUUAUGGCUAAGCAAUUGGGGGAAUCUUCGGCAUAUCAGGUGAGGAAGGCGCAACUGAAGCAUGUCUGCACAUCUGAUGCUAAAGCGCAAUAUAAGAAACAUGCGACGUCGAAAGCAAUAGCUGCACUAAUGAGAUCAAAGUAUGAAAGGCUCCAAGCUGGACCGCGCGCAUCUGAAUUACCUGAGAUGCUCCGGACUGAGUUCUUGUUUACGGCCACAUAUUGAAAAUGUUGGAAAGCAAAAGAGUUAGCAACUGUGGUUGCACAAGGAACUGAAGAGAGCUCUUACAUGCUCCUGCCGAAAUAUUUUUAUGUUGUAAAGUUUGCAAAUCCUAGGUCCAUUAAUGAUAUCAAAACUGAAAAAGAUGAUAAGGGUCGGACAAGGUUUAAAUACGCGUUCAUGGCGCUGAAAGCUUGCAUUGACGGGUGGAAGCAUCUACGGAAGGUUAUUAUGGUGGAUGGUACUCAUAUGUUUGGGAAGUACAAAGGGUGUUUACUAACUGCAAGUGGGCAAGAUGCCAAUUAUCAAGUAUUCCCUAUAGCGUUUGCUGUUGUAGACAAUGAAACAAAUGAGUCUUGGAGUUGGUUUUUUGAGAAGCUGAAAGAGAUCGUAGAAGAUGGCUUGCGUAAUACGUUGGUGGACAGGCUUGUAGAAGCUGAAAGAGAUCGUAGAAGAUGAAAGAGAUCGUAGAAGAUGACGUCUAUUCUUCGUUUGAUCUGUACAAACACCCUUGGUGGACAGGCUUGCGUAAUACGUUGUUGAGAAGAUGCUACGAUGUCGGAAACCCAAGUACUCUUUACAUCAAGGGUGUUGAGUAUUUCUACGCCCUACAACGCCACGAAGAAGGUCUUGCUUUGAUGAAGAGAGCAGCGGAUGCUGGAUACGAACGAGCGUUGUAUACCUAUGCAAUGACUCGCAAACUCUACUGGGAUGAUGAGGAAUACUUCGCUAGUUUUACGAGAGAAGCAGUUGGUACAAUUGGAUGGCUUGUUAGAAUGGAUGAUGUUCCGUGGGUGCCGGUCGUUAACGAGUGGUUCUUAACAAAGAAGUUCAUGUUCAUGUCAACAGAUCGACCUUUGUUUUAUAAUUGCCCCUGUUCACCUACGUUGGAUUUUGAUUGGGAUCUGUGGCACAUGGAGUUAAGCAAGACUGAAGACAUGUGUAACCGAUGCUUCUGAAUAAAAGAGGUUGGUCUUUUCCUCUGGGAUUUUCGUUGCGCCACGAGUUUUUCGCCCCUUCGACAGUUGGCAGUAAUUAUUAUUUGUUGUAAUGCAUUUACCACAUUAAGCAUUGUUCUAAUUCCGUUGUCGAGUAUAACAUUAGCUGUUAUUUUGGAAAGUGACGUAUACCAUCAAAGCUAGGAGACAAACUCCAACAUCGGUUUAUCGUUUCUUUACUCAUACCGUUAUCAUGAAAACAUAAGACUCGGUGUACAAAAACUGACGGUAUUCGAAAAAUGACGGUAUUCGAAUACUGACGGUAUUCGAAUACUAACGGUAUACGAAUACUGACGGUAUACGAAUACUUAAGGUAUACGAAUACUUACGGUAUACGAGAGCCCAAAAUUUAAAGUUGUCCAAUUGGACUGAAACCUAUUAAGUCCAAAUUAGAUGGGCUAAUGUCAAUUUGGACUUAAGAAAAAUAAUGCCCAAUAAAAUGCUUUGUCCAUUUGGACAUACCCAUUGGAUAUGGACAGCCCAAUUGACAUCUCUAUUCAUAAUUCCAUUAGUAUUUAUCUGUACUCACUUUUGAUUGAUUAAACGGUAUACGAAUACUUAAGGUAUACGAAUACUUACGGUAUACGAGAGAAAACAUAUAACAUUGACGAAAUACUUAAGGUAUACGAGAGAAAACAUAUAACAUUGACGAAUACUUAAGGUAUACGAAUACUUAAGGUCUACGAAUACUUAAGCUAUACGAUAGAAAACAGAUAACAUCGAGGAUUAACAUAAAUAAAGUCCUAGAGGAUGUGAGAAAUGUUGCAGCAUAUCCAAAAUAGCCUGCAGUUUUUACAAGAAUCUUCAAAAUCGACUGUGUAAUCAUGGCCAUAAAGGCAGCUUGGUGACUUGAUGACCUAAUCAUCCGGAAAUUUGAAAGAUGCACCAUAUCUGUUCAUGUAUGGCGCUCCAAAUGAUAUCAAUCGCCACUCUAGAUCAGCUCAUAGUCCAACUAUCGCAUCCGAGCGAAGGUCAUAGUGAUUAGCUGCGAACUGCUGAAACAGUUUACUGGCUUCCUUGUCAUUGCCAAUACACACGUUGAAAAUGCCGACGGCUAAAGUAGAUAAAUCAUGAUUUGGGACAUUUGGUUGCAAUAUUCUAAUACAUUUCUCAGGACCUACCAUCAGUGCUGCAUAGAGCCCUUCAUAGUAGAUAGCGUUUGUGUUGCCAGCUGUUACGCACUUGAUGAAAAACUCCCGAAACUGAUCACCAGUGCAGAUUUGACAUGUUGCAAAGGUGACCAUUGGCUGAACAUUACACUUCCUUAAGACGGAGGGUUCGUGGACAAGUGCAUAACCGCGUUUCCCAGCCCGCAAAAUACCACCAAGAUAGUAAAAUGAAUCCGCUCCCACCAUCUCUAUUAUUUUACACAAAAUUUCUUCUGGAAGAUUGUGGAUGUUUAGAGAUGCCAUACUAUUGAGUUCUGUUGGAGAUGUUUAUCACACGCAUUGAAUAUGUAUAUAUAGAAUAAAGAAAUAAACAAAGGAGUCUUAUUUGUUAAUAGGAAAGUUAUUUUCCCUUCCACAUUUUAUACCUAACACACUCAGAGAAAUAGUUAUUGCAAUCAAUUUUUAAAUUUUACACUAAUACUUAUUAAAUGAAACAGUAAAAACACCAAAUACUUCUGAAAUUGUUUUCCUUUGAAACAAAUAACUAAACCCUAAACCCUAUACCCUAAACAUGCAACCCUAAACUCUAAACCCUAUACCCUAAACCCUAAACCCUAAAUAUAUAAGAAAGACGAUGUAAAACCAUCAAAGAUAAACUGAUCUGUUUGAAUUAUAGUGUCUGGAUGAAUGGAAAGAUACAAUAACCGUUUAACAAUUCGGUUUAACAAACGAAAUGAAGCAGGCAGUAUACACGUCUUCAACAAUCGUUUUGAACUUUUACGUUUCCAAUAAAUUCUUCAUAGGUAUCCAUCGCGUAUUUCUGACGGAAUAUGUCCACCGUUUUGUCAUCGAUCUGCCCCAUAUCCUCAUACGAGUAUCCCGCUGCAUGCAUUUCCAGAAAUUUGACCGCGCAUGGUCCACAGUCGCCAGACCUUUCGUUGAAGUAAAUAUUGUCUGGACGCACCCAUGAAAAUGCUUGGUCUUCUUCAGGAUGACUACUAUCGGAAGGAGGCGAAAACGCAGCUAAGACAUGAGGCAAUGCGCGUAGAAGAUAAGCCAUGUGCUUGUUCACCUCAUUAUCGGACUCAUUAUGGGGAAUGUUGCAGUCCAAAAUCUCCACUUGUCUGCAUGUCAAGUUAAUCACAAGACCAACCCAAUGAUAUUUUCCCCACAUCAUUGGGGCGUACACCCUGUCCACAUCAACCAACAACCCCUUCUUGUCAUUCCGACGCGGCGUUUUUCUCGUGAAAUUGUAACUGCCAAGCCCUCCCCAGUUGAAUCCCAAUUGAUCUGAGGCCUUCUCGAACUCUGCGAACUUUGAUAUGAUGCCCGCAAUACUGAAGUAGUCUACAAAUCUGCACCUCCCACUCAGGUAAUUGCGUCCAUGUCGCCUUACUAGCAUACCAAUUAGCACAUAAAUAUGCUGAAAAAUAUGUACAAACCAUUAGAACAUUAAAUCGGUGGAAAUCCGUGUUGUAACUUGAAUAAACCAAAUUAAGUUCUGAUGAUUUGAAUACCUCGGUACUGACCCAAUUUGUUGGCCUCGCCAACGACAGGAAGAACUUAUUUGAGACAUGAAUCCCAAUAACAAUUUCAAAUUCCCUGAAAUUUGAAAACAAACCAAAAGUCAAUAUUAAACAUUUGACAGUCCAAGAAAUUUAUACAGUAUAUC